AUGACGGACAAGGCAGACAAGAGAAACAGCCUUGAGAAAAGGCUCGGGGGCUGGAGAGUACAGACAGCAUUUGGGAGCCGGGAGUGGUUAAGGACUCACGGAGUGACAGCACCACAUGUGAAUGGGAAGGUGCAGGAAUGCCACUGGCACUUCCUUUUCCCAUUCCAGAACCAUUUACCCCAGGCAGAGACAUUUCCCUCCCUUUUCUCAUGUGGAGAAAAAAUACACUAUUGCCAGUCCAGUAAGUGGGAAUUAUUUUGUCGAAACCAUGUGUCCAUGCCCCCAUUGACAGGACUAACAACAGAGUGGACAGAAAGAGAAGAGGCCACAGCUCUGAAGACAACCUCUACAGCAACCCCGACCUCUCCUGUCUCUACUCGCACUCCGGGAACGCCGCCUCUCCUCGGGACAUCAGGUAAAACGGCCAGCACAAGCACAAGGGGACUGAGCAUUUCAACCCCAGAUACUUCCUCUGAUGUUCUAGAGAUGACAGCCUCCUUGGCCAUCGUACCUGAAGCAGAGACCAGCACAGAGGCUCCCCAGACAACCCCAUCUGUUUUCAAUAGAGGCUCAGAGAUGACACCCUCACUGGUCCCUAGUUCCGAGGCAGAGAACAGUCCAGCUCUUUCCCUUGGUGAGCCGGACACCACAACCUCACAGGCCACUCAGUCUUCAGAGACCAGCUCAGCUGGUUCCAGGGCAACCUUGAGUGUUUCCCGCAGUGAAUCAGACAGCACGCCCCCAACGGCCACUGGUUCUGGGGAAGAAGUCAGUUUAGCAGUUCCAACUCCGACAGUCUUUCCUGGCAUACCGGAAACGGCAACCUCACUGGUAACUAGUCCUGGGGCAGAGAUGAGUACAGUUAUUCCAACUCUGACUGAUUCCCAAGACGGACCGGAGACCACCCCCUCAUGGGUCAUCCAGCCUGGGGCACAGAGCAGUUCAUCUAUUCCAAUUCCAAGCGUCUUCCCUGGCGAGCCAGGGCUGGUGACCUCAGCGGAUGCUAGUUCUGGAGCAGACACCAGCCCAGCUGAUCGAACUCUGACUGUUUCCCCUGGUGAGCCAGAUGCAACAGCCUCGUUGGUUACCCAUCCUGAGGCACAGACCAGUUCAGCCAUUCCAACUCCAGCCAUCUCCCCUGGUGUAUCAGGGGUGGAAAGCUCACCACUUACCAGCUCUGGGGCAGAGACCAACACAGCUUUUACAACUCUGACUGAUUCCUCACAUGAACCAGAGGCAACAACCUUGCAGGUCACCCCUCCUGGGACAGGAGCUAUUUCCACUGUUGCAACUUCUACUGUUUCCCCUGGUGAGCCAGUUACAACAGUCUCAUGGGUUCACUCCACAGAGAAUAGCACCCCUGUUUCCAGAACAACUCCAAAUUUUUCCCAAAGUGAAUUAGACACCAUACCCGUGAUGGCCACUACUCCUGGGGUAGAAGCCGGUUCACCCACUCCAACAAUGACUGUCUCAUCUGCUGUACCAGCUGCAGUGACCUCACAGGCCAUUAGUUCUGGGACAGAUACCAGGACAACCUUUUCUACUCUGAUUGAAUCCCUGCAUGAAUCAGACACAACGGUCUCCUUGGUCACCCAUCCUGCAGUGUCCAGCCUGGUGGUUCCCAGGACAACCUCUAGUGUUUCCCACAGUGAAUCAUACAGCACACCCUCAACAGCUACCAGCUUUGAGACAGAAGCCAGCUCAGCUGUUCCAAGUACACCUGUCUCCCCUGAUGUACCAGAUAUGGUGACCUCACAGGCCACUAUUUCUGGGACAGAUGCCAGUAUGGUUAUUUCACCUCCAACUCUUUCUCCUGGUGAACCAGCAAACACAGUCUCAUGGGUUAAUCAUUCUGGAGCACAGACUGGUUCUUCCAUCCCAACUCCAACCGUCUCCCCUGGUGUAUCAGGAGUGGGGACCUCACUGGUUACUAAUUCUGGGGCAGAGACUGGUACAACUUUUUCAACUCAGACUGAUCACUCACAUGAAUCAGAGACAGCCUUAUGGGUCACCCAUUCCUCAGAGACCAGCACACCUGUUUCCAGAAUAACUCCAAAUUUCUCCCAUAGUGAAUCAGAUACCACACUCUCCACGGCCACCCCUCCAGGGGCAGAAGUCAGUUCACUGUCAGCGACAACUAUCUCACCAGGCAUAUCAGAGUUGCCGACCUUAACAGUUACCAGUUCUGGGGUAGACACCAAUACAACUUUUUCAACUCUGGCUGAUUCUCUGCAUGAACUGGAGACCACAGCCUCAUGGGUCACCCAUCCUGCAGAGACCAGCUCAACUAUUCCUAAGUCGACACCCGAUUUUUCCCACGGAGAAUCAGAUACCACAUAUUUGAUAGCUACCAGUUCUGGGGCACAGACAAGUUCAGCCAUUCCAACUGCGACUGUCUCCGCUGGUAUACCAGGGGUAGAAAUCUCACUGGCCACAAGCUCUGGGCCAGAGACAAGUACAACUUUUACAGCUCUGACUGUUUCUCCAGGUCAACUGGAGACCACAAGCUCGUGGGUCCCCCACUCUGAGACAGAAGCCAGUUCAGCUGUUCCAACUGUUCCUACUUCCCCUGGGGAGCCAGACACAGUAGUCCCAUUGAUCACCCAUCCUCCAGAGACCAGCCCAACAGUUUCCAGGAUGACCCCCAGUGUUUCCCAUAGUGAAUUAUAUACCACUCACUCAAUGGCCGCCAGCCAUGGGGCAGAAACCAGUUCAGUUGUCUCCCCCCGUGUACCAGAUAUGGUGACCUCACAGAUCACGGAUUCUGAGAAUGAUGCCAGUAUGGUUAAUCCAACUCUGAAUAUUUCUCCUGGCGAGCCAGUGACCACAGCCUCAACAAUCACUUAUUCUGAGGUCCAGACCAGCUCAGCUGCAACUGCCUCCUCUACUGUGUCAGAGCUUGUGACCUCGCUGGUCACCAGUUCUGGGAUAGAAGACAGUACAACGUUUACGACUCUGACUGAUUCCCCACAAAAGGCAGAGGCAAUGACCUCAUGGGUCACCCAUUCUGGGGCAGAAACUAGUUCAGCUGUUCCAACUCUGACUGUUUCCCCUGGGGAGCCAGAUACAGCAGUCUCACUGGUCAUUCAUUCUACGGAGACCAGCUCAACUGUCCUCAAAACAACUCCAGUUUUUCCCAAAGGUGAACCAGACACCGCACACUCAAUAGCCACCAGCAGUGGGGUGGAAACCAGUUCAGUGGCUCCAACUCCAACUGUCCCCCUUGGUGUACCAGAUAUGGUGACCUCCUACGUUCCUACUUCUGAGACAGAUGCCAAUAUGACUCUUCCAAGUCUGACUCUUUCUCCCGGUGAACCAGGAACCACAGCCUUAUUGGUCACCCACCCCAGUGCAAAGACAAGUACACAUUUUCCUGGUUCAAUUCAGACUGUUUCCCUCAGUCCACCAGAAACAACACCCUUCACCACACCCAUGACCGAGAGCGGCAGAGUUGAUCUGGGUCCAGUGGUCUCACCUGGUGUUCCUGUAGAAACAGCCUCACUCUCCACCCAUCUUGGCACAGACAUCAGCACAACUAUUUCAAUGUCAACUCCUUCCCCUGUGUUAUUGGGGACCACAGGCUUGUCAGCCACCAGCCCUGCUUCAGAGGCCAGCACAGGUGGCCCAACUUUGACUGCUAGUGUUCUUGGGCCUGUCAGUACCCCUGCAGCCACUGGGGAGUCUCAUACCUUCACUUCCUGGAGCACAGAACCCUCACCACCUGUGACCUCAGUUGGACUCCUGGAAUUGUCCAAGACUGUCACAGGGCACACUGUGACCUUGAUAGCGUCAGAGACCCCAACACCACCUAAAACCAGUCACGGAGAAGGAUUGAGUCCAACUGCUACCCUGAAAACCACAACUCUUGAGGCCACAAAUUUAGCUGCCACAGGUUCAGGCCCCAUCAUGGCGGAGACCACAACCACCUUCAAUACACCUGUGGGAAGUCCCUUUGCCCCUGAGACCUCACCUGGGAUGUCCACCUUGACCUCUCUGAGUGUGACUUCAGAAACAACCGCAGCCCCUGACUUGAUGCCUUUUACUGUCAAUGUCACCAUCACCAACCUGCGCUACACAGAGGACAUGGGGAACUCGGGCUCUGAGAUAUUCAAUGCCACUGAGAGAGACCUGCAACACCUGGGCUGA